AUGAGACCAAGGACGAGAAAUCAGUGGGACCAUCACUACAGGAAUCUCUUCUCUGCUAAUGUGAAGAAGAAGAAGAAGACGAAGACGCCCAACGACUAUGGCGGGGAGAAACAUGGUCUGGUGAUCCUUGGCAAAAAGAAUAUUGCUCACGCGGGCCCAAGUGUGAAGAGGGGCAGGGGAAGGCCUCGAAAGAUUGAGAAUGUGAAUAGUAUUAAAUGUGAUGAUGAUUCAAUUGAUUUGGAAGUGGAUAGGAUUACAGGGAAGAGGUGCAGAGGUGUGCCCCCCGCCCCGCCUUUGGACGACUCACUGGUUGACUUGACUGAAACAACAAGUGAAGAAGAAGAUUUUUCCGAUGAGGACUACAGUGAGUCGAGCACCGAUUCUGAUCCUGACGAGAGGGCCGGUGAAAAUGCAAAGAUAAUCAUAAUAAAAAAAGGGAAUGUGGAGAAGGUGAAUAUCGAGGAAGAGAGUGAUGAUCGGGGGAGCCCUAGUCCUAUAAGGCCCUUCAAUCUGAAUACAAAAUCGCAAAACUUUGUUCCCCACAUAAAUGACAAUCAGGAAUUCAUUGAUGUUAGGGGGAACAUAAGAAAAGGGGGCAAGAUAGAGUGUGGGGCCGAGCAAGAAAGAGAUUUGGAGAUUGUAGACGCCGAUGGGGAAAAGUUUUCAGGAAUCAACAAGAGUGCAAGACAUAAACCUUUGGCUGGAUUACCUAGAGAUAAUCGAUCACAUUUGAGUAGUUAUGGUUGUGUACUCAAGGACAGGAGAGAUGGAGGCAACAGUGUUUCGAGUCGUGCAAAACGUCACAAACUGGGCUCGGAUGAGAGUUUCAAGAAUAAACCUUUGGUAGAUGCGGGUGGUGGUCACCUUGAAGACGCGGUGGAAAGGAACCCACGGUUCACGCUAAGCAAAAAGAAGAAUUCCCGAGCAACAAACCAAGACUUGAUCGAGAUUUUAGUUGACUCCAUAAAUUCAAAUUCGGCAAACGAAUAUGAUCAGUGUUAUGGCAAGAAGAAUGAGUUCACUGUGCCAGGCCUUCCGCUCAGGUUCAGGUUUGAGGAUGAGGUGGAGCCUCCACGUGAUAAACCCGACUGGGAAAAGGAGAUUGACUCGCUCUUCUGUGCUCUGGACAUUGGUCUUCUAGAAUCUGAGAUUGACAGAGCUAGUUCAUGCGUGAAUGACGACAACUUGACUGAGAUUGAUGAAAGCCGAGCUGGUUGUUGCGCCCGAGGACAGCAUGUCCCCAUCCUUGACGAACAGAUUGGAAUUAUCUGUAAAUACUGUUUAAUCGUAGUACUGGAGAUAAAGCAUGUUUUACCACCAUUUUAUACGCGGCCCCCGGGAAGGCACAAGUGGAAGGACCCCGAUGAUCCAGCAAGGUAUUGUGUGGAUGAAAUUCAUUUACACAGGUCAGGCUUUAAUAAACCCCCGCGAGGGUCGAUUUCCCGCAACAGGGGCACCGUAUGGGAUCUAAUCCCAGGCGUGGAGAAUGAGAUGUACCCCCACCAACGUGAAGGUUUUGAGUUCAUGUGGAACAACAUAGCCGGAGGCAUAGUAAUUGAGAAGAUGAAACAGCCGCUCUCGGGUGGGAGGGGUUGCAUAAUCUCACACGCCCCUGGGACUGGCAAAACCCGGCUCGCCAUAGUCUUUCUCCAGUCAUUCCUUAAGCUGUACCCAUCUUGCAAGCCCGUCAUCAUAGCUCCAAAGGGCAUGCUCCUCACCUGGGAGUCGGAGUUCUUGAAAUGGAAAGUGGACAUACCCUUCCAUAACCUCAACAGGAAGGAUCUGUCGGAAAACGAGCAAGCUUUUGCCGCACAUGUGCUUGUGCGGGCCGGAAAGGGAAGUGGGCCCAUGAGCAUCGACUGCAUCCGCCUCACGAAACUUGCCUCGUGGGUGUCCGAGACGAGCAUCUUAGGAAUAAGCUACCAUGUGUUCAAGAACCUGGCGAGGGGAAACGGAGGAGGGGUCGCGGGGCAAAUCCAGAAAGUGCUGCUCGAGUACCCGGGCCUGCUGGUGCUGGACGAGGGUCACACCCCGCGUAACGAUGACAGCCAGAUAUGGAAGGCCCUCUCGAAGGUUGCGACAGAGAGGCGCAUCAUCCUGUCGGGCACUCCUUUCCAGAACAACCUGGCCGAGCUGUACAACACACUCUGCAUCGUGAACCCGAGAUUUGCAAAUGGAAUUGAUUCGCCGAAUGCGAGGGUACGGGGCCGGAAGAGGCGGCUUGUCGAGAAAAAGAAAUGGGUGGAGUUUGCGGGGGGGUCCAUUGGGCUAAGGAAGCUGAGGGAGAUGCUGGGCCCGUUUGUCCACGUCCACAAGGGGAGCAUACUCGAGGAGAGCCUCCCGGGGCUGAGGGACACACUUGUGUUCCUGCGCCCGACCGAGGAGCAGAGGGUUCUUCUGGAAGAUUCGGCACGGAUAAAAAACAUCUUCAACAAGAUCCACCAGGUGUCCCUCGUAUCUGUCCACCCUUCGGGGUCGGGCGUGAAGACAACAUUCGUCAUGAAACUCAUACAGUUGGCAGACGCCCUGGGAGAGAGGGUCCUCAUCUUCAGCCAAUAUCUCAAGCCACUCAUGUUUAUCAAGAAGCAGAUCAAGUCUCGAUUUUCGUGGCAAGAGGAGCGCGAGAUACUGUACAUGGAUGGGCAGCUGGAUGAGAAACACCGUCAGAACUCAAUAUCCUCUUUCAACGACGAGAGGAGCAAGGCCAAGGUGCUGCUGGCGUCCGAGCGCGCCUGUUCCGAAGGGAUCAACCUCGUGGGGGCCUCCAGGGUGGUGCUGCUUGACACCGUUUGGAACCCCUCAGUCGAGAAGCAAGCCGUCAGCCGAGCCUACAGGCUCGGCCAGAAGAGGAUAGUGCACGUGUACCGCCUCUUCACGUCAGGAACCGAGGUCACACAGUAUGCACACCAGAUCCACAAAGACCGUAUCUCGCACUUGCUCUUUUCAUCUACAGAGAGAGGUGAGAACUUGGGGUGUGAGCUUGGGCCAUACGAGGAUAGGAUUCUCCAGGCUAUGCUCCAUCAGGAGGGGUUUGCUCAUAUUUUCGACAAGGUCAUUUACCAGCCAAAGGAAUCCGACCUCAUCAACAUUUUCGGGCCGGAGUUAGGCGUGUGCUCUGUAUGA